AUGACAACAAUUAAUUUAGCGUCAGAAGCGCCAGCGGGGCUAUCCAGCUCUGUUCCAUCAUUUUCUAUCUCUCCUGCACACCUAGCGCAGCUCCAGCCGCACACAUAUGCCCUCGCACACCUCCAACCCUCUCCUUCUAGCUCGCGGCCAUCGAUACGCAUAAAUGGCAGGACGGAUGCGCAGUUUCGGCCGGUUUCUGUGAGCACAGGUUCACUUACCCAUACCAAUGGCAGCGCGGUUGUCCGUAUAGGCGACACGGCCGCUGUUUGCGGCGUGAGAGCGGAAAUCCUCCACACCGAUGACAUCGCUUCUUGGAAGGUCAACUCAGCAUUGUCUUCGAGAAGUACAAAACGGAGGAAGACUGAAAAUGCUGGCUCGUUACCUGAAUCUGACCAGACCACAAGUAGUGAUGAUGACGACUCGGAUAUUCAAUCAUUCAAUUUACUUGUUCCCAACUUAUCACUGAGCACAGGUUGUUCACCAAGUAUAUUUGCCAGCGCGCCGCCUACAGCCCUGGCGCAAUCAUUAUCACACCAACUGCUAUCUCUUUUACACAGCGCAAACUUAGUUCGUGCUGACGACUUACGAAUAUGGCACACCCCAACUCCCGCCAAAGACUCCACUGAAGUCACCGAGGAUGUUGAGAUGGAUGAUGGGGGUGAUAACCCCGAACCAGCUGCAGCACAGGAGCCGGAAGUUAAAGCUUUUUGGACUCUGUAUAUUGAUAUCCUGAUGGUUUCACUUGCGGGUAAUCCAUUUGAUGUAGCGUGGGCGGCGAUAGUGGCCGCACUUCGAAACACUAAGCUACCUAAAGCAUGGUGGGACACUGAGACUGAGAGAGUAUUAUGCUCAGACAGAGUUUCUGACGCGAGCAGUCUGCAACUACGCGGCAUGCCUAUUUCGAGCUCCUUCUGUGUUUUUGAGGCGCAUGGCAUGGAUGACUGGAGACGAGUGUUUCUUCCAUUCGAGCAACAAAAGGGGAAAGGAAGAAGGCUGGAUAAUUCAAAGUCUAAUGAUACAGACGAAAGCUAUGACAAAUGGAUUUUAGCAGAUCCUGAUGCGUUCGAAGAGUCCCUUUGUCCAGAGCGUGUAUGUAUCGUGGUGGAUCUCGACUCGUCAAGCUCGCAUGUUAAAAUUUUGAGGUUGGAGAAAAAUGGUGGCUUUUAUGUGGGCAAGGAAGAGAUGAAAGAUAUCGUUAACUUGGCCACGUCUAGGUGGAAGGAAAUGAAGAUUAUUCUAGGAGGCUGA